GCGAAACGUGAGACGUGUUUCGGAUGCAUUGCAGUACUUUUUGUUCUUUGCAUUUGGCGCGAAACGUUGGACUGGUUUUGUCAUGGUUGGGUAGUGUCAGAUUGAAAAACUGUUUAAAAUGUCGAAAGCAGGAGUUUUAAGAAGAAGGAAGGAGGUAAAUUAUAAUGAAGAUAAGAUAGGCAUAAAUUUAAAAGAACUGGAGAACGGAGAAAGAGAGUACCGAAAAAGGAAACUCAGUCCAUCUAAUGGACAUGAAAAGACUUCUGGAGAUGUAAAAUCAGAACAUAAUAGAGCACAGGACUCUUCUGAUUCAUCAGAAGAGGAGACAGAAUAUGAUCUUAAAAGAAAAAAGGUUUUAGAGGAAAGAGAGCGGAUGCUAAGGGAUAUAGGUGUCACAACAGCUAAAGAAGAGGUCCAAGAGGUCAUUGAUAAAAUUAAAGCAGUAAACAAGGAGAAAAAAAAAUCAAUAAAAAGCUAUGUAACCCGUACUCGGGAAUCACUGCCACGCCGUGCUUCCAUGAGACUCAAAGGUCAAGCUCCUGAUGGUACUGAAGUAAUUACAGAAUCUUCGGAAUCUUUCUUGGAAGUAUCUUCUAGAAAACCUGCAGAUCCCAUUGAUAUGAAGUUGUCAGAUAGUGACUCUGAAACAAUUUCAAAUGAUUAUUUGCUUGAUUUGAAGCCACAUUUAACACAGAAACUAACUGGGCCAGCUUUAGAGGCAGAUAAUCUUACCAGUUUUAAAUCGAGGGUACAGAAACUGAAAUUAUCUCCAAGCAGAAUACAGAAAGUAGUACAAGGGAGGGUGACAGCAGCAGCUGUACAUCCGUCUGAAAGUAAUCUUCUGGUAGCUGUUGGAGACAAAUAUGGAAAUAUUGGAUUCUGGGACGUUAAAUCCAAGAAAGAUAGUAUCUCAUUCCAGCCACAUUCUCGUAGUGUAAGCCACAUGACUUUUUCUGUGUUCGGUUCAGAAAAGCUGAUAAGUACCAGUCUGGAUGGAACUGUCAGAUGUGGAGAUCUGAACAAGGAAGUUUUUACUCAGGUUUAUGCAAGUGAUGAAGAUACAUAUGGACACCAUACUUGUUGGCAUACAGAAAUGAGCAGAGAAGUGCUGUUGAUAGCUCAUGGCUCAGGGGAAGUUGGAGUAUUUGACCAAAGAGAAGGAAAGCUGUCUUACAUGUACAAAUGUCAUGAGAGGUCUGUGAGAACUGUGCAGCAUCAUCCAGUCGCUGAAAAUUAUUUUGUCACAGGCUCAGGACUUGGGGAAGCACGAAUAUGGGACUUAAGAGAUAGCCGGAAAUCCAAGCCCAAGCCACUGACAGAUCUGAAGCAUCCAAAAACUUUAACAGGAUGCUUCUUCUCUCCAGCUGGAAACUAUUUGUUAACUACAUGCAAUGAUGAUAGGCUUAGAGCAUAUGACACAACAAAGUUUCGAUCUGAGGUCCCAAAAGUUGUAAUGAAUAUUGCUCACAACAAUCACGUUGGAAGAUGGCUCACAACAUUCAAAGCAAAAUGGCACCCUCUGCGUGAAGACGCAUUUGUUAUCGGCAGCAUGAUGCAUCCAAGACGAGUGCAGCUGUAUGGUAUUCAUGGAAAAAUAGUUCAUGAACUCAUGGAUCCAGAACUUCAGGUGGUUCUCUCUGUUUGCGAAUUUCAUCCAACUCAGCUGGCUUUUGUUGGUGGCAGCAGCUCUGGCAGAAUAUAUGCUUUUGUGUAAAUAUUUGUUUGAAGCGCCAGUUUCAUACAGCGAACACUUUUUGUUAAUGAAGAUUUACUUAUUUUUUAAAGCACCUUUUCCUGAUUUUUAACCUUUUUAUUGAUUGUUCAUGCAAAAUUAAAAUUUCAGUUGAAACACGUAA